AUGGGGGGCAUAUCGCGCGAGCGCGUCAUCGAAGCCGGGAAAAACGAGGGACUGUGGCCAGUAGAAGAUACACAAGCAUGGAGAGACGCUGCGCAUGCGUUUGCAAAGGAUCACGAAGGGAAAGUAAGGCGCAUGAGCGGUGCGAUCCCGAGGUUUCAUUAUACCCCGACGUCCGGGAAAGCGCUGGUGGAUUUGCUCAUUCAAGCUCAUCUAGGUGACGCUGGCGAUCAAUUGACGCGCAUGAGUAAGCGAAACGCGGGGAGGUUCGAUGUCAUGAGUGUGGAAUUCAGAAAGCGUCGCUCUCGUUCGCGCGCUUUGGUAAACGUGGGCGAAUUUUGUCAGGGUACGACGCGCGAAGGCGUCAGUUGUCGGAAUCCAGGAAAGUACGAUGGCUUUUGCUGGUUGCAUGCACCAAAGUGUGUGUUUUACGAAGUAAGCGGUGAGAUAUCCAAGCGGUGCGCAUUUAGAGCCGUGGAUGAUAUACUUUGCUCUAAUCACGCUCAUCAUCGCGAUGACCUGCGGGAAGGGGCGGCGAUGUGUAUACAGCGUCGCAUUCGAGGCAUCCUUACUCGUAAGAGAGUGACAAACACGGCUUCUCCAAACAAAUUGUGCAACUCUCCUGGCGGAUCUGGCGAACCCAUAUCUCCCGCGUCUAUCACAACCCCGCCGUCAAGGAGAACAUGCAAGGGUGAGACGAGGACCGGUGAAGACUGUCGCCUUCUGGCGAUGAAGGGAACGAACUAUUGUCGGCACCACCAAGAUCAAGGCACAGGUGUCGCAGGUGCCAAAACGGACCAGGAAGAGGAAAGCAGACACGUUGUUUCCACUCUGCCGUUCGAGUCUGCCGCUACAAGAUCGACAUGCCGUGGCAAGAGUCGAAUCACCGGCCUCAACUGCGGUCGACACCCCGGAAAGAAGUCAGCCUACUGUCAUCUUCAUCAAGAUCAGGACCCGUGCUACCAAACGGAAAAGUUGGCGGACAAAUUUACGCAGAUUCGGACUGUGGAUAAACAAAAGGAUGCCCUCGAUAUCCUCCCUGACGUCGAUGAGUAUGCAGUGGCUACUUACAUGCUGAUGAGGAAGUCAAACAACCGCGCGAGUAAGCUCGUCUCGACACUCGGUCUUGGGAAAGAGAAGAUGCGUAGAGUUGAUCUCACCAUCUAUCCGAGCGGCGUGAUAUUCCUUUAUCCAGAUGGACGAGACAAUGAUGAAGGGAAGUAUCUGGGUAAAUUAAAGAUGGAAAAUAUCAAUGUUGAAAUUAAAAAAAUACCUUCGAAGGCACCUGACGAUCGGAGGCGCACGCUAAGGUUCAAAUACUCUGGCAAGACAGGCGCUGCUCUUAAUGAUUUUGUAGAGGUGAACGAGGAUACUGCGAAAGAAAUCAAAGUCAUCAUAGACGCGUUGAAAGAACCAGAACCAAAUGUGGAGUGGGCAAGAGAACUAGCCGAGAAGUCCCACAGGAAGGAACCCCCUUAUCGUCGGUGGCUUGAUCAGAUAAAACAUAUGCAUGACAACGAUCCAGAGAGUGAUCUGCGUGCAAUUUUGUACGAGAGAAAUGGGCAGCUGGAUAAUGAGUUGGAAAACGGAUUCGUGGAAGAGCUAGAUGAAGACGGCAAAACCGCAAUCUUUUGGUGGGGAACGUCAAGAAACAAGCGCACCGGAAGGAAAAUCGGCAAUGAGGAGCAGAAGCGAAAGUUUUGCGAGGAAAUGCGCAAACUGCUUGGCAAAGAGCCCACAGACGACGGCGAUCAACGAUUGACAUCUGAACCGCCUGCCCUUAUGUCCGGGACUUCACCGUCGGGUAACUCACCUUCUCAUGCACCACAAUCUGACCUUCCGUCGGAAGGUCAUAUUAUUCUCAAACCCUCCCACCCUGAUUGGCUCAAAAACUUGUUCGAAGAAUGCGAUAAAGAGGCGAAGGACAUGAGCGGAGAGCAGCAAGGAGAUCCGGAAUAUCAACGCAAACUCACUGACUUGUUGUUCGAAAAGUUAUUCAGUAAGCGGGAAAGACUCAUCUCACCACUCAACAAAUUCCACAUUAAUGGCGAGUAUUAUUGGGAUGAGGGUUGCAAAGAUUUUCCGAUAGGGCAUGACCUCGUGCCAUUCAGCAAGGCGCUCGAGAUGAUUUUCCCAGACCACUACGUUCCUGCUAAGGGUUUUAAAGACAAGUUAAGGGAGGGGAAGUAUGUUCAUUCUGAGAAGAGGAGACCGGCUUGGAGUUUACAAGUGAAGAACGAUAGCUGGGAAAAACUGCGAAACCAGACAAAGGGUGUUUUAUUUCAGGCUUUUAAGAAAACCUUCGAUGUGGUGCCGGAGUUUGUAAAUGAUCGGGACAUGUCGGACUCCGAAUUCCGCGUCGACAUGUACGGCAACGUGGUUGCGAAACCUGGUGCCGCUGAGAAUUUCUCUGUGUGUUGCACCGAGUAUGAUCACGUCCUUCCUUGGUCGAGAGGUGGGACUUCAAAGAGCGCAAACAUAGAAGUUAUCAGCUGGAUCGCAAACCAAAGGAAGCUUGACUCUUUCUUACACGGCACCGAAUACGUACAAGGUUGGAAUCAGUUGGGGAACAGGCCGCUCAACAUCGGACUUUCCGUCGAUCAAUUCAUUAGUUUGUGGGUAGACGUUCGCGAAAAAAUCAAACAAAUGACGAAAAAAUCAAACAGGGACGUGCGUCUGGCAGACAUACGAAGCCAUAAGCUGGGCAAAACACUCGUCGAGGGCAUUCUGUUCAAAACGUGUGCGAUGGAAAAUUCUUGGACGUUAUUUCGAGACAUCCUCGCCGGUGGAAUCACCAACGCAAAUGGUGAGUUUGAGCAAAUUAUUAAGCGGCAGAACGGUGAACCUGAGCGACCAACAGGCGAGCUAUUGAGGAGGCUCCUCGAACGGUUCCCUAAUAAAUUCAGCAGCAAAGAGGCCAAGAAAGAAGCGCGCGAGAUAAUGGAAGCGCAAGCCUCGAUGAGCGAGAAUCCGACGGAUAAGGUGAAGCGCAUUGCGAGGAUGCUCGCGGAAGCCAAGAUGGAAGCGCAGGCGGAGAUGAGGCGCGAAGCUGUUUUCAUGUCUUCAACGUAA